UACCACGCCAGCCUCUGGAUUCCUGUCGCUCCUGUUCCUCUCUGCACGUCUCUCUUGACUUUUCCUGCUGCUGCACAUAUACGAGCAUCACACACAAACACAAUAUGCAAUGCACUCACAUUGUCACAAACGGCAUUCACUAUCCAGACAAGCAUGCACUGAGUCGCACAGGCCACAGAGAGAAAACCCUUGUGUGCAGUCUGCGGCUUCAUGUGUCAAACCCUGUAAAACACGUUAGGAACCGGGGUCGUUUAAAAGUGACUGAUUUACGGCUUUUAUUGCUCUAUAAAACGCCUCUAACAUCCUCGCUAGAGGUAAUAGAAAUGUCGUGCGCAUUCUCGACAAACAUGACAGAAAUAUACCAUUUGACCUGGAUUUUUUUGAGCACGUUAUGUAAUUGUUGCAACUUUAACAGACACUGUGCUGCUGCUUUUCAUUUUUAUUCUUACCAUUCAUACAUGCUUAUAGAUAAGAUAGGGGAGGAGAAAUGCAGUUUUUCUUAAUGUGUUUGGGAGGCUGCUGAGCUGUUUGGGAGUUAACCUCUUUCGGUCUCUUUGACCAAAGUUGACUCUGAGAUAAGAACGAGGAGCCUACAGCAGCAUGACAAGUUUAUACAACCAGGCAGUAUCACUUUACAGAACAACAGCAUACCUCCUGUAAUGGGGGCUGCUGUUGAGCAGAGCCUCAGCCAGGAUUAGCAUGAAGUAUGUGGAGGCUCCAUUUCCAAAUGGCAGUUAGGCUGAGAUAUUACAGCUUGUAUCAAUUUAUUUUGGCAUAAGAUUGACUGACUCGUAUACACAGGACAGUGUUAACAUGGUUGCAUUUUUUCCUCUGCCUAUCUAUGUUGGAUUCUUUGAGACGCUCGCUCUCAACAGUUGGAUUGUAGCUGCCCUGCGCUCAUCUGCUGGUCACAGGGCAGCUAUUGUCCACACACAAACAAAGUUAAUUUACUUACUCUUCAUGUGGUUUUAUUUUGGUUGUAACUAAGCUCCAAAGCUUGCCUCACAAGUAAAACACAAGGACUUUUGAAUGUUGUGAAGACAGAGAGGCAUGAGGUGAUCAAAACCCCUGAUAUGUUUGCAUUUAAUUAUCUUAUAGUUUCUAUCCAGCAUGGUAUAGAGGAGGAUUGCUCAGUUACUCUCUGGUCUGUGAACCUAACUUCAUUGUGCACAGUACUACUGAUCAAGCUGUUCUGCUGCUCUCUGGUAUGUCCCACCAUGAUGGUGCCGGUUGUCAGAUCAGUGACACCCCAGUGGUGCUGUUCUGUGUUAGCUGUCGUUUGAUGUCACAUUGGGAGCUCUGAGUUCGUCUGGUCUGUUGGCUGCUUCCCUUUUUGCUCAGUCUGUGACAUCAGUUGCUGAGCUUCCACCCUGUGUUGUUUCUGUGACAUUUCUGUGCUUGUGCUCCACUGUUUGGAUGGAGAAAUCACAACAUGUGUGAUACUGAAUUCUACAUACAGAUAAAUAGCUGUACAUUUCAGAAUUAGAUGUUAUUAAUAAAGGUUAUUUUUUCAGGGUUUUUCACUUAAUACUUUUUCACUGUUACCACCGUGACUUUUCUUUAUUCUUAACAUCUUAUUCUGCUCAGUCUCUGGGACAGAACCCUACACCUUUGGCUCCAGCCACCUUUUGAAUAAGAAUAUAUACAACAUGGCGCUUUAAUUAAAAGUAAACAUGACUGUUUACAAAUCAGCACACAAUAUAUCUUGAUUUAUUUUUAUUAUUUGCUGCUGAGAUAUUCAAAGCAGCUUUAAAAAUAAUUUCAUUGAGAAGCUUUAGCCAAAUACUUCCUUCUUUGUGCAGUUUUUAAUCAAUGAAAACACGAAGGCCCAGUUGUUGAAAGAAUAAACUGGAACAACCAGACAAAUCAAUUGAAUGGCGUCUUUUAUUCAGACGGUGUAACUCUUCCUGUCUCCCACAUUAUAAAUGAUCGGGCCUAUUUUCAGAGAUCCACCACACCUCCAGUGCCUCUCUUGACAUUUACAGUCCCAGUAAACCUCCACUAUUUGUGCAGAAUGGUUUUAAUAGGAACAGCAACUUACAGAAGUGAUGCAGCUCUAAUUCUUAAGCGCAUUAAUGGACCAUAAUGUGUUUCACAGCUGAAGUGCUGCUGGUUAAAGACUGAGUCUUCAUUAAUUAGCUGAUAACCUUUAUUUGAGGCGUGCAGCCUAACAAAAUGAUUGGUUUGCUAUUGUUGUACCUUAUCCUUGGCAAAUCACCUAUUGUCCCUUUGAAUAAUUGAGAGCAGCGGAUCUUGCCUGUUUUAUUUUUUGCCUUGGUCAGCAACUAGCUACUAGUUUUGUCCCCAAGAUCAAUUGCUUUGGUAACACAACCAGGGGGAGAGAGAGGCAGGGACAGAAUGGGAGAGAGAGAGAAAGAGAGAGAGAGAGAGAGAGAGGUUUGUGCCCUCAAUGGCGACUGUAGGUAUGCUAAAUACCUCUGGUUCCUUAUCCGGGAACUACCUCUUCAUCUGCUAUUGGGCCAUAGAGUCACGUGGUAAAAGUAACUUUACAGGGCUGCUCGCAAGUAGGAGGGCUUUAUGGAGCAGAAAAACGACAAAGCUAGAAAAAUUAUUUUCCACUCCAGAAAUUAAUGAUCAUGAGCUCGUAUUUGAUGGAGUCUAACUACAUUGAUCCGAAAUUUCCUCCAUGCGAGGAAUAUUCGCAAAACAACUACAUCCCCGAGCAUAGUCCAGAAUAUUACAGCCGCGCAAGGGACCCUGGCUACCAGCAUCACCACCAGGAGUUAUAUCCUCCGCGGGCGAGCUACCAAGAGCGCCAGUUUAACUGUGCAAGCAUCCCCGAACCCGACACGCCACGGGGACACGGAAUACCCCACUCUGCGCACCUGCUGACAGGGAAAGGGCAGCCUGCUUCAUGUGAAACCCCACAGUUGUCCAUGUCCCCCGCCACCCCACCGGCCGCCACCUCCGCCUGCAACCAAGCCACCCCGGAGCAUCCAAACAGCACAGCCUCCUCCAAGCAGCCCGUGGUGUACCCGUGGAUGAAGAAAAUUCACGUCAGCACCGUGAACCCUGGUUACAAUGGAGCGGAGCCCAAGCGGUCUCGGACAGCAUACACCCGGCAGCAAGUCUUAGAAUUGGAGAAGGAAUUCCACUAUAACCGAUAUUUAACUCGGCGGAGGCGCAUCGAGAUCGCCCACACCCUGGUUCUCUCCGAGCGACAGAUAAAAAUCUGGUUUCAAAACCGCAGGAUGAAAUGGAAAAAGGAUCACAGGCUGCCCAACACCAAAGUGAGAUCCUCCUCCUCCUCUGGGUCCAACACAGGCUCAGCAGCCGGCGCUGUAGCCGCUGCCUCGGCCACUAACACUGGGGCCCCCGACGAACUCUCCGGAGCACAGCAUGGCGAGGAUAUUACCAGGUGCAGAAACGCAGGCAGCUCGUGGAAAUGUUGUCUGAAGCUUCUUCUUCUUCGAGCGCCCCAAAUUGCAGGCGGAUUACUUUGCAACUCCAGAGCUCUGUCAUUGGAGGAGGAGGCCACACGUGACCACAGCACCCGUCUGUUUGAUGAGCUGGCUCCAUGGACCCCCAACAGCCCACCACCCUCCCACUGCAGCUGCAUGGCAACAGUUUUGCUAUGAGCUCUGGACAAAUGCCAGUGCCAGAGUACAAUGGCGGA